UGAAAGAGAACUGGGAAGUGGAGUGAAGAGCCAGACAGAAGUGUCAAGUGUCCAUUCCCUGUCGCUGCUCCGGGUCCUGCCCGGUGGGGAACCGCGUGGUGCAGACCUGGGUGCGGAGGACACGGCGGGGUGUCGCGGGGACCUGAAACCUCCCGGAGCCGCAGUCUCCGCGCGGGCGGCCUGGGAAAGUCACAGUCACAGCGCAGUGGCGGGAACCGCAGCCCGGCGGCCCUGGAACCUCCCAGGGCAGCAAGCCAUCUUGCUUCUGAAGGAGAAACUCAAAGAAAAGAAACAGAAAGAAAUGGCUGAUUCUCAAGUAAGCAUGUCCCAGGGUCUGUUGACAUUCCGGGAUGUGACUGUGGACUUCCCCCAGGAAGAGUGGGAAUGCCUGGACUCUGCUCAGAGGGCUUUGUACAUUGAUGUGAUGUUGGAGAAUUACAGCAACCUGGUCUCUGUGGAGAACUUUUACAUAUGUGAUCCUGUCCAUCAGUAUGUGAAGACUGAAAGUGAGUCUUGUCAGAGUAAUGAGCUUGGCAAAGUGCUUCAUGACCCCUCCACAUAUGCACUUUAUAGAACAAGUGAAACUACAGAAAAUGCUAAUAACAGCAGAUGCAGUAAUCACAGGGAUGCCUCUAUUGACUCAUCGAAUCCACAUAGACAUGAACACAUGCACACUGGAGAAGAACCUUGCAAAUCUAAAGAAUGUGAGAAAUCUUUAAAUUUGUGUUCCAACAUUACUCAAGAACAAAGACUCUUCAGUGCAAAGAAGGAGCACAGGCAGGGAGAAUAUGAUGAUUAUUUCAACUCUACAUACAGUCUUUUGCAACAACCAAUCUACACUGAAGAGACAUCACACCAAUGUGGGAAAUGUGGGAAAUGCUUCAGAACUGCCUCACACCUCUCUGUACAUCAGAGAAUACAUACUGGAAAGAAACCUUACAAGUGCAACAGUUGUGAUAAAUCCUAUAACCAGUGGGCAAAUCUUAAAACACAUCAAAGAAUUCAUACUGGGGAGAAACUUUACAAAUGCAAAGAAUGUGGAAAGUUGUUUCCUCAGGCCUCAGCACUUAAAAGCCAUCAGAAAACGCAUACAGGAGAAAAGCCUUACAAAUGUAAGGAAUGUGACAAGUCCUUUGCCCACUGUUCCAGUUUCAGGAGACAUCAGAAAAUCCAUACUGAUGAGGAACAUUGUAGUUGCCAAGAAUGUGGCAAGGUCUUUCAUCAGCUUUCACAUCUUAAAAGCCACUACAGACUCCAUAGUGGAGAGAAACCUUACAAAUGCAAUGAGUGUGGUAGAUCCUUUCCUCACUAUUCAUCUCUUAAAUGGCAUCAGAAAACUCAUUCUCUAGAGACAUUUUACAAAUGCAAAGACUGUGGUAAGUCCUUUCUAGAAAUAUCACAUCUUAACAGGCAUUACAGAAUCCAUACUGGUGAAAAGCCUUACAAGUGUGAGGUAUGUGACAAAUCUUUUACUGUGAAUUCAACUCUUAGAACACAUCAGAAAAUUCAUACUGGAGAGAAAUCUUACAAAUGUAGGGAAUGUGACAAAUCCUUUACCCGGGACUCACAUCUUAGAAGACAUCAGAGUGUUCAUACUGGAGAGAGACCUUACAGUUGUAAAGAAUGUGGCAAAUCUUUUACUACAUGCACAUAUCUUAGAGAACAUCAGAAAAUUCAUACUGGAGAGAAACCUUAUAAAUGUGGAGAGUGUGAUAUGUCUUUUAUCCAGCGUUCAAAUCUUAGAACACAUCAGAGAGUCCAUACUGGAGAAAAACCUUACAGAUGUAAGGAAUGUGGCAAAUAUUUAACUACGAGCUCAACUCUUAGAGAACAUCAGAAAAUUCAUACUGGAGAGAAACUUUACAAAUGUAUGGAAUGUGACAAAUUCUUUACUCAUAACUCACAUCUUAGAAUACAUCAGAGAGUUCAUACUGGAGAGAGACCUUACACUUGUCAGGAAUGCGACAAAUCUUUUACUACAUGUUCAUAUCUUAGAGCACAUCAGAAAAUUCAUACUGGAGAGAAACUCUACAAAUGCAAAGACUGUGACAUGUCCUUUCUCCGGAUUUUUAGUCUUAAAAUACAUCAGAAGAUUCAUACUGGGGAGAAAUCUUACAAAUGUAAAGACUGUGACCUAUCUUUUAAUCAGAUUUCAGAUCUUAGAAGACAUCAGAAACUUCAUAUAGGAGAGAAACCUUACAAAUGUCUGGAAUGUGACAAAUCUUUUACCUACAUGUCAAAUCUUAGAACACAUCAGAGAGUUCACACCGGAGAGAGACAUUACAGAUGUAAGGAAUGUGACAAGUCUUUCACUAGCUGCUCAUAUCUUAGAGCACAUCAGAAAAUUCAUACUGGAGAGAAACUUCACAAAUGCAAAGACUGUGGCAUGUCCUAUAUCCACCUUUCAAAUCUUAGAAGACAUCAGAGAGUUCACACUGGAGAGGAAAGUACUGUUGUAAAUCAUGUGACAUAGCAUUUAUAUGGUAGUCUCUACUUACAAACCCCAAGAGUGUACAUUAUAGAAACAAAGACAAGAAAUUUGUGAAAGCCUUUAAUGAAUUUUUAAA